CGUCACCCCGAGGUUUGUCCACAAAUAGACCUGCCUGGAAACCGGACCGCUAAACUUUAAGUGUGCCUCUUAUGCAGCACUAAUGGAUCGUAGAAAAGAGGAGCUGGAGAAGAAACGUGCCAAAUUGGCCGAACUGCGUCGUGCUCGAGAAGAACGCAAACAUAUUCAGGAAGCACAGAGAUUACCGCCACCACCAUUGAUUUCGACCAAUAGGGAUAGAAAAGCUAUUGAUGAUCUUGUGUCAAUGGUACUCGGCGAACAGCCUUCCAGCACCGCCAUCACUACAACCUCGAGUUCAGAUCACGGCUCGGACGGUGGAUCGGAUAACGUCUCUUCAAGACCUACUUCCGCCAGCUUCAGUUCUUCGCCUGACACGCCCAUCACCAGCACAGAUACUGGCACCGGCCACCCUUUCCCUUGCCAAGUUCUCGCAACGCCACAGUAUGUCCCGGAAUUAAAUGAAUUUCAAGCCAUUAUUGCAGACAUUCCUCCUUUGGAACAACUGGUGCUGAGUAAAGAAAUUCAGACAUUGGAAGGAUCGCUUCAUAUAUCGGCUCUUUCAGAAGAAGAGAUUAGGAAUCAAGUGUUGGCAGAAUACGAACAAAAGGAGAAGGAACGACAAGCGCAAUUGGCCGAAGAACGACGUAUAGCCGAGGAGAAGAAGAAACCAAAAGAAUACCGAGCACUUUCGGAAGAAGAAGCAAGUCAAAUAGUAGACUUGCCGGACUUUGUCGAAUUUGUGGAUACCACUUCAAGAAUCAUGGAACGUGCCCUCAACGAGCCCUAUGAUUUCAUGAAAGAUUAUACCCUGGGUGUGGAUGUAGAUAGCGAUGAAAAAGUUGGAAAACGAGUGAAAUUGGUCUGUGAUUUCUGGGAUGAGAAAUUAUGCAAGAAUAGAUCGGUGACGGGCGUUGACUGGUCUGCCAAGUUCCCUGACUAUGUAGUGGCGUCCUACAACAAAAACGUCAUGGCAGUAAAUGAGCCGGAUGGAUUGUCAGUCAUAUGGAACUUGCAAGCGCCGGAAAAACCUGAAUAUGUAUUUCACUGUCAGUCCGACGUGCUUAGUGUGAUGUUUAGUAAAUUCCACUCGCAUUACGUGAUCGGCGGCACCUACUCUGGUCAAGUUGUGCUUUGGGAUACUCGAGCAAAAUCAUUACCUGUAUUGAAAACCCCACUGUCAGCUGGCGGUCACACCCAUCCGAUCUAUUCGCUGGACAUGAUUGGUAGCCAGGAUGCUCACACUCUGAUCUCUGCGAGUACGGACGGAUCUGUUUGUUCAUGGCAAUUGGAUAUGUUGGCUCAACCACAGGAAUACCUUGAGCUUCAACAUUCUGCUCACAAUAAAACCGAAGAGGUAGCGAUCACCUGUAAAGGGUUCCCUGAUGAUCACGCCAGCACAUCUUUCUGGAUAGGUACUGAGGAAGGGAACAUAUACCAAGCCAACCGAUUCGAUCGUGCAGGAAGUAAAGCAGGUAUCAACCCACAUGACAUUUACCGAGGACACUACGGCGCCAUCACGGGUCUGCAUUUUCAUCCACGGUUUGGACCUAUUGAUUUCUCGGACUUGUUCUUGACUUCUUCCGUGGAUUGGACAGUCAAACUGUGGAAUGCCAAGUCUACCAGCAAACCAUCAAGCGAAUUAGCCUACAUUCAUCCACUUCACUCUUUCGAAGAUGCUGAUGACUACAUAUAUGACGUAAAAUGGUCUCCAUCACAUCCUGCUUUAUUUGCCUCUAUUGAUGGUGCUGGUCAGUUUGAUCUCUGGAAUCUGAAUGCGGAUACGGAAGAGCCCUUAAUCAGCACACCUGUUGGUCCUGGAAACGCGCUCAAUAAACUGGCAUGGGAUGCAGAAGGUCGCAAAACAGCCAUCGGUUCAAGUGAUGGAAAGGUUUACAUCCACGAUAUCGGAGAGAUCGCCACGCCCAAACCUGAUGAAUGGGAUAUUUUACAGAAAACUAUCAUGAACAUGAAAGAUAAUCAUGACCAUGACAGAAAAUAAACAGCAUCCUAUACACAUA